AUGAUGCCACCCUCUACUCCUAAAUCUCCUUUACUAGAAGAAGCUCAUGAAGAUGGAAGGUUUAAAUGCUAUAGAGGUGUGAGAAAGAGGUCGUGGGGAAAGUGGGUGUCUGAAAUCAGAGUUCCAAGGACUGCAAGAAGAAUAUGGCUAGGUUCAUAUGAUGCUCCGGAGAAGGCAGCUCGAGCCUAUGACGCUGCUUUGUUCUGCAUUAGGGGUGAGAAGGGUGUUUUCAAUUUUCCCACUAGUGAAAAGCCUCAGCUUCCUGAAGGUUCUGUCAGGCCUCUGUCCAAGAAUGAUAUACAGACGAUAGCAACAAACUAUGCUUCAUCAGUUGUGUCUGUGCCUUCCCCGGAAACAGAUCAGGUUCCCUCUCAGGUGCCCUCUCAGGUUCCUGCAUCCCCGGAUGUCUCUGUUGCUACUGAGAUCAUGGAGAUGGCCGAUGAACAUUAUCUCCCAGUCGACGAAAGUGCAGAAUCAAUAUUCUCGGUAGAAGAUUUGCAGCUGGACAGUUUCUUCAUGAUGGACAUUGACUGGAUAAACGAUCUAGUCUGAUGGUUGCAGUCACUUUUAGCUUUGAUAUGGUUUAACCACUAGUUACCUCUGUCCCUCCAGCUACAUAUUUGUGAGUAUAUACAUGCAUACUUGUCUUUGAAGUUGUUUUAUGUAGCAUUCAGUUUGUGUUGUGUAUGUGCUCCUUUUUCUCUCUCUGUAUGACUUCCAAGCUGUUUAGCAUGUGUAUGAGUUUGCGUCCAACAUAAAUCUUCUGUUGCAUC